AUUCAUGCAUUGAUACACUUCCAAAUUAUUCAGGUACUGGUUUAUCCGUCUAAAAAUGCCAUUUCUAUAGAGGAUUUCAUUUUGAAGAAUGGACCAAUUGAUCGUUUCGUCUUUCUCGACGCAACUUGGUUUCAGGUUGGUGGACUAAGAAUAUUACCAGAAAUUCAAAAUUUGCCAUCCGUUACGUUACGAUCCUACAAAACUCAGUAUUGGAGGCCACAGAAAGGGCACUCCGACGAGCAUUUAGCCACAAUUGAGGCUGUUUAUUAUGCAAUUCGAGAGGUACUGGAAGUGAAUUACAAUCGCAAUAAAAAUAAUAAUAGUUGUGCCGAUCAUAAUGACAACAAUGUGCAGCAGUCUUAUAAUGGACAAAUUGAUGACCUCUUAUAUUGGUUUUAUUAUUUUCAUUCAAAAGUGCCGCAAGAAGUAUUCGAGAAAAAUUUGAACGGACGUAUAGUGACGUCGUCUGAGAGUUGA